AUGAGAAAGUCAAGUUCCCAAAGUGCUGUUUUAAGCACUAUGUAGAAUCAAAGAUUUUACUGCGGGUAAAAAUUAAAGAGCCCCAAUAAGGAAUUCCUAAAAAGCAAUCGAAGUGAAGUUUCAGUCUCAGAAUAGUAAGACAGUAAGUCCAGAGCGAAUACAUUAUUUGAAAAAAUUAAAGCUUAAAAUGCGAAUAUUCACAGAUCAGAGAACAACCUUUUUUUAAAAGUGGAAGGUGCAAUCUUAGAAUUGUAUAAUUAAUAUGAGCAAAAUUAUUAAGGACUUGGUUCACUUGGCAGAAUUAAAACUGUUUAAGAAAAUUUAUCAGUGGAAUUCAAAAAAUAAAAUGAUUAACUAAUAAAGACAUUUGAUGGUUUAAAGUUAUCAGACUUAGAUCAAAAUGGAGUUAAUCAAAUUUAAAUUGAUAGAUACUAAUUUUAUUAUUUCAGGUUAAGAAUUUUAGAAAAGCCUACACCAAUUCACAUUCACUUACAACUACCAGAAUCAUUAUCAUUUUUAUUAUUUAAAUUGAUGCUGUCUGUUAAAAUUGAAUUCCCAACUAAAUUCAAUGCAGAUUAAAUAAUCUAAAGUAAUUAUGCAAAAGUCUAUUCAAGUAAUCCUCAAGCACAUUAUUUCAAAGAAGAAUUCCUUUAUCUAACCUUCUAUUCUCAUAUUGAUUUUAUCUUAAAGAUAUCAGUGCAUUUCGGAUAAUUGAAUACUGAAAAAACCCCCUCUCGUUAAAAUAAUUCAAGAUCACCUCAAUUUAAGAUGGUCCUAAGCGAAAAUGCAAAACUUAUCUAGACUCCCGAUAGAAGAAGGGAGAAGAAGGGGUUCUCUCAAAUCAGAUCAAACAUCUAUUAAUCUUCUAUCGAAAAAGAAACAGAAUGCAGUAGAGUUUAAACUGAAAAUUCAGAUAAAAGAAAAUUUAUUAAAAUACAACCAGUUUAAUCUAAAUUAAGCACUCUAUUAACAAUGAUAGGCAAAGAAUUUUAAGGUAUGACAAAAGAGGAGAGAUUAAAAAAGAUUGAAGAACACUAAAACCAAAAAAGAAAAGAAUUGCAUUAAGAUUACCUUAAUAAACAAAAAACAUUCUUGUAAGAAUUAGAAAAAAGAAAACUACAAAUAGAAAACCAUUCCAAAUUAAAAAGACAAAAAAUUGAAUUAGUAUAGUAAAAUAAAAAAAAUUACUAGACUGAAAGAUAAUAAUCUAUAAGAACUAGAUUGCUCCUAUAGGAGUAGAUAUCUUAAUUUAGAGAGAUAGAACGUUCUUUUAGUAUUAGAAAAGCUUAUGCAUAUAAGGUAUCACUAAGUUGGGGUAGAAUAAUAAAGUAUAUCCUUUUUAUUGAUACACUGUAUAAUGUGAUAAAAGAGAGCAAAAGAAAAUCUUAAGUUUAAGCAAGAGGCAAAUUAUUGGUUUGGACCAUUAAGACUAAAGCAUUAAUUUCAGCAAAGGAAUAUGGUUUUUCAACUAAGGAAAGAACAAUAACUAAGUCUUGUAUUGCUUUGAAAAUGAUAGCCAUCAAUUUAAGAAAAAAGAUUAAACAAAAAUCACAUUUAAUUUUGACCAGAUAUCUACUUUAAAUGAGAUUGGCAGUCACUAUAGUUUCUUAACAUGACAAGACUUUAAAAAAAAUAAUUUAGAUUCAAAGGAAUUUUAGAAGCUUGAAACAAAAGAAAUUGACUUUCAGAGAUAAAUUCAUCAAACUAAUAAAAGAUAACAUUAAUUAAACUAUUGAUGAACUCUAAAGAUAACAAGGGAAAAAAACCUUUUAUGAUAUCAACGAUAAACCUGUAUAAUAAAUGGAUAUUAUCUGCAUAAACUAGUUGAUUGACGAAUACUCAAAAUAGAAAAAGUAGAUAUGGUAUGAAUAUAUUAAUAACAAAUUCUUUGAAAAGGAUUUCCAUAAGAAAAUGAAAGAUUUUUCAAUCAAUUUGAAAGAACCGUAAUUGUAUGAACUUCCUAAAAGAAAGGAAUUGAUAUAAAUAAUUGAGAAAUACGGUAAGAUUAAAAAAUUACUCUGA